ACUUUUAUUCGACCCCCCCUGCAGCAUCAAAUCAAAGCACGGGCUAGCCGACGGAGAGCCAAAGGCAUCAUCGUCGCCGGCUGCUUCGCCCAAACGCGUGGGAGCGAUCGUAUACAAAAUAGUGUAUUGCAAUGGAGGGGGUGGGGGCCCGUCUGGGCCGGUCGUCGACCCGCUAUGGGCCGGCGACGGUCUUCAGCGGACCUGUAAGGAAGUGGAAGAAGAGGUGGAUCACCCUUGCCGCCCCCAACAACUCCGCGGCGGCCAGAGUCAAUGGCAACGCCGCCCGAUCCCACCUCCUCCUCUACAAGUGGGCCCCUGUCUCCUCCACGCCCGCCGACAGCGCCGCCCAGCCGGAGGAGCCCCCGCCGAGGAAGUUCCGAUAUGUACCGAUUUCUGUUCUCGAAGAUCAAAAACAAGAGGACGCUGAAAAGCUUGAUGAGACAAAUGAACCUAGUGAUGCUGACCCUUCCUCACAGAUAAACCAGAAUGUUUCUUCUAAUACGAAACCUGACAUGAACGACAUUGUAAUGGGUGAAUCUGUGGCGGUUUCAGAUACAGAGCAAAAUUCGGCAGAUGAUAACAACCUUGCUAAUUUGGACUUGAAUUUGGGUUUGAAAGCUACUUACAACGAGAGAGAAACAAAAUCCAGAAACAAUGUUUCAGAUGAAGGUGAUCAGGUGGAGAAAAUAAACUUAGACGAGGAAAUUGAAAUGAACAACAGAACGGAUUCAGAAGUGCCAAACAAGUUGAAGAGAAAAAAGCUGUCGCCCCUGACCUCGAAAUGAGAGUCUGAUCUAUCAUGUCGGCUUUCGGUUGUCAUGCUGUUUAGCUCACCUUCAUUUGGAUUGCAAGCUGCAAACGUAUUCUUCAUGUCUCAGUUUGCUGCUUUGAAUCUGUUGGUUAUUUUCGAGCCAUGGAACUUCUCUCUCUCUGAUUAAAUUUGUAUCUUGUAUGGAUUCUUUUUAUCGAAUGGUUUCAUUAUCAUGAACUGAUGGCGCCAUUUAACUUCUAAGAAACUUUAUAACAUUUUGCAUUUUCCCUUA